CUCCGAUAAGACGCAGUGCUUUUCUACAUGGCCGACAUGCAGUUCGCCGGCAAAGUGGUUCUGAUAACCGGGGCGAGUUCGGGAAUAGGGGCUGCUACCGCGAAACAUUUCGCGAAAUUGGGCGCCAGUCUCGCGUUGGCCGGCCGGAACCGGGAAAAUUUGAAAAAAGUCGCGUCGGAAUGCGACGUGAAUCCGACGCCCCUGAUCUUGACAGGCGAGUUAACCAACGAAGACGAAACCAAGGCCCUCCUCGAUAAAACGAUCGCACAUUACGGCAAACUCGACGUUUUGGUCAAUAACGCGGGAGUUAUCGAAACCGGAUCCGUCGAGAAUACAAGCUUGGAGCAGUACGAUCGGGUGAUGAACGUGAACGUACGUUCGAUUUAUAAUUUGACGACGCUGGCGGUGCCCCAUUUAAUCGAGACCAAGGGAAACGUCGUCAACGUAAGCAGCGUCAACGGUAUCAGGGCCUUCCCGGGUGUUCUCGCCUACUGUAUGGCCAAGGCGGCCGUCGAUCAGUUUACAAGGUGCGCCGCGCUCGACCUGGCGCCCAAGCAAGUGAGGGUGAAUUCAGUAAAUCCGGGAGUCACGGUCACGAAUUUACACACCACCAGUGGCAUGAACAAGGAGCAGUACGAGAACUUCCUCAAAAGGUCGGAGCAAACCCACGCCCUGGGUAGGCCAGGUCAACCCGAAGAAGUAGCCGGCACUAUCGCGUUUUUGGCCAGCGACCAUGCUAGUUUUAUAACCGGGGCUAGCGUACCCGUCGAUGGAGGCCGGCACGCGAUGUGUCCCCGUUAGAAAUGCUACUCGAUUAUUACCCUGCAUUGUUAUUGAUGUACCACGUUGAUACUUCUACAGAUUUAUAUUUUUAAGCAAUAAAAGAAUGUUACACUUU